GGUCACUUCCUGCUUCCUUUUACUGCUUGAAUAUUUUGUUGCAAUCUCUAAGUUUUAGAUGAUCCUUGUCUAAAGUUAUUUCAAGCUUCCUUCUUUAUCUCUGGAGUUUCUAUUUAGCCCAACUGCAGCUCAACCUCCAGCUGACACUCAUCAUAUCCGGAUACCUUUCAGCUAUCUACAACGGACCUGCAAGCUCCUCUCUGCAACUCUGUCACUAACAGCCAUCACUGGACCAGCUGCAUUCACAGCUUUGCUUCCUUUAAACAACAAACACAACCCGGAAGAAGAUGUGAGUUUCUUGAUUGUUUGCACCCUGGAUGGAGUUGCUCUUGCUGGGCUCCCAAACCGGAGGAUUGGACAGCUGAUUGUGCCGGUGCUAAAGACACGCUGCUCGUCAGACACGGACCCCCAGAAUUGAAUGAGAAGAUUUAUACAGCAGCAGCAGUAGCAGCAAGAAAUAACGACACAGACGUGCAAUAGCAUUUUGUCACUCAUCAAAUUUUAUUAUUCAAUAAAAUUAAAGCAGUGUCCUCUUUAAUUGGAAUCUACCAAGAUGCCAAAAAAAGUUGCAAGAAGAAUGAUUUCAGCUUCCAGCAGCAGCAGUCAACAGCAGCAAAAGCAAAUGGAGACCAAUAAUGAUGCAGUUGAAGUAGUUAAAGAGACCAAAGUGUCCGGAACCACACGCAGUGGUCGUCAAAGAAUGGCAAUUCAUGCAUUUUUGAAGAAAAAAAAAUCCCCCAAUUGGAUCUGAACAUGCAGAGCAGCAGUGCUUGCAGGAAGCAGCAUUUGAAAAAUCCACUUCUAUUAAUGAAUUACCCAGAGAACCAGCAGGUGAUAAUGGAGUUGAUCUUGAAAUAACUAUGGAAACUUCCGGAAGGAAUAGCAGCAGCAGUAGCAGCAUCUCUGUAGAAAAUGAAAAUAAUUCUGAAUUGGAAUUUGAAGAUUGUAUAUCUGAAGGAUCUCUGUAUACUCCAAAUCUCCAUUGUGAUUCUGAUGAUUCAGUACCAUUGAGGAACCAAAUCCACCUUGCACCAUCACUUCUACGUAUCCACUGUUCCAAAAGCAUCUCAAACGUGCUAUUCCAUCCAAAGAGUCACCAAUGUUGCAGUCACAGUCAGAUAGAAUUCAUUCUAAUGCUGCCAACGGGGCCAAACAAAGAAAAAUUCAAACAAUUGAACCACUAGAUGCUACACCACCACAAGUUGCAACUUGUGAAAUAAGAGCAGCUGGCGCUGCUGUAAUGGAAAUUCCAUCAUCAUCAUCCAUUACGACUCCCAGGUCACGUAGUAGUGCAGUAGGUGGUAGUGUAGUUUGGAAUUUUUAUUCUGUCGAUAAACUAGAUCAAAGUAAAGCAACAUGUAAAAUAUGUAAUAAAAAAAUAAGUCGAGGAAAAGCAGGAAGUAAUUUGGGAACCACUUCCUUGCGGUCUCAUAUGAAUAGUAGACAUAAAGUGAUAUGGGACAGAUAUUUAAAUAAAAAUCUUGCUUUAUCCACAGAAAGAAAUACUAAUGUUAUGCUACCACCUACUGCCAAUGAUGAUGGCUUUAAUAACACCAGUAGAAGUUCAUGCAGCAGCAGCAAUCAACUUUUAUCAAAUUUAGUGCCAAGUUCUGGGAGUACAGCAGUGUCUAAGCGACAGAGUACUUUACAAGUUGCUUUUGAAAGUGGUCAGAAAUAUCCCCCAAACCAUGAACGUGUUCGCCAAAUUAAUUUUAAAGUUGCAAAAAUGCUUGCAAUCGAUAUGCUUCCUUUUAAAUUUGUUGAAGGUCAAGGCUUUCGGGAAUUAAUACAAUCAGUGGUUCCCCGUUGGCAAAUCCCGAGUCGUCAUUAUUUUUCACGAAAAGGUGUUCCAGAAAUUCAUAAAAUUGUUUUACAAAAUGUUGGCAAACAAUUAGAAAUGUCAGAGUGUAACAAAGUUCAUAUUACAACUGACAUGUGGACAAGUCCACAGGGUGCAGACUAUAUGACUGUGACUGCACAUUGGGUAUCAUUUGCCGUAAGUAAUGACUCUAAUGAGUAUGUUUCCUCAAGGCCAAUGCGACGCAUAUCUUAUCGUAAGCAUGCAACACUGUGCAUGAAUAGUUUUGAACGAAAGAAUCACAAUGCAGCUAAUAUUCUUGAUAAGCUGAAUUAAGUAAUAAAUUUUUGGUUUUUGCCAUGCAGCCUCACGGUUGGUUUUGUGUCUUCAGACAAUGGCUCUAACAUUGUUUGUGCACUCAAGAAUGGACAAAUGAUACAUGUGCCUUGUUUUGCACAUAUAUUACAUUUGGUUGUUAAUAAAUUUCUUUCAGAUUCAACACAUAUUCAUGACAUGUUGAAUGCUUCUUGAAAGAUAUGCUCGCAUUUCCACCGUUCCUACCAUGCCCAAAAUUCGUUACUAAGAUUACAAGAAAAUAAUAAUUUGCCACGCCAUCAACUCAUAAUUGAUGUUUCUACGCGAUGGAAUAGCACGUUUGACAUGCUUCAAUGCCUUUAUGAACAACGAAAGGCAAUAAUUGAAUACCUUAUGACUUUAAGAAAAACAUUAGAUGGUGUCCAUUUGACUUUGGCACAGUGGCAUCUUAUGAGUGAUGAGUGCAAGGUUCUUCAGCCAUUUAAAGAGGCAACAUUAAUGGUAAGUGAACAAGAUGCAAGCCUUAGUCAGGUCCUUCCAUUAAUUUCGCUUCUUGAAACUAGACUGAGUUCCUUGCAUCAAGUACAAGAUAACUGUCUAUCUGAUUCUGAUGAAGAUGAUGAUGAUAUAGAGUUGUUUGAUCUUGCUCAGCUUGGAAGAAAAUUAAUUUUGUGUUUGUUGAAAGAUCCAAGGAUCAUCUCCAUCAAAAAAAGAGUUGAGUACAUUCUUGCUACUCUGUUGGACCCACGUUUUAAAGGUCAGAUGUAUAAUUUUGUUGAGGGAAAAGAACAUAUGGUUGAGAGAUGCAAGGGAGUACUCAUCUCCAAAGUAAAGCAAGAAAUUGAAAUGAAUCGGCGAGCAAACUCAAACAACUCUACAAAUCAGUCUAGCAGCAGUUGCACUGGUAGUGGUCGGCCUUCUUUCCCAGAUUGUAACAGUUCUGAGUCUGACUCAAUAUCUGACAAUUCAGUGUGCGGCGGUAAUUCCACUAACUCAUUGUGGGGUCUUUUUGGUAAAUAUGGCUACAGGUCAAGAUACAACAUUACAUGAAGACAAUCAGUGUUCUUCAGUGCAAAUAGUAACUGCAUAUAUGUUGGAUAACACUUUUAUCGAGCCUCGUUCUGACCCACUGAGUUACUGGAAAGCCAAAAAAAUAUUAUGGCCUGAAUUGUCACAUAUUGCCUUUCAAUAUUUAAGUUGUCCCCCAACGAGUGUUCAGUCAGAGCGUGUGUUUAGUGUUGCUGGUAGUGUUGUGACUAAUCAUCAAAAUAGACUAUCUAGUGUAAAUGUUGACUGUUUAACAUUUCUCAAAAUGAAUCAACACUGGAUACCAGAAAAACAUCAGUUGGAGGCUAUCAGACAAAACACUACCGGCAGCAGUGAUACAGACGACGAUGAUCCCUCAGAACAAAGACCAAUUGUGUUUGCGGUGGAUACAAAUAUGUAAACCUCACCCAAUUUUUUUUUUAAAAGGAUAUAAAAUAUAAAAAUAAUUUUUUAAAAAUCAAACUAUAAAAGAUAAUUUUUAUUUUUUAUGUCCUUUUACUGCUUCCUCGGCUGUCCUACCGCUACCUACUGCUACUGCUGCUGGAUUUCGAAUCAGAUAAACAGUGUCUUGUACUACUAGAAUUUAAUGUUAUAUGAUAUUCAGCAUUCAUAAUCUACAGUUGAUGUUGCUACUGCUGCUGCUAUUUCUGCAAAUUAUAGUAUUUAUUUUGUAAAAAAAGAACAUGAAAAAUCGACCAUCACCACCUUGCGAAUAUUUUUAAAAAAUGGCGCAAA